AUGGAUAUCCAAACGUUUCUAGCCUAUUCAAAACGUCAACAUCUAGCCAGUGAAGCCCUCAGAGUUGACCCCCCGCAACGACUCACGCGUCCCCAAGUGAGAGCUCUCGCCCACCAAGUUCAUUUUGGGGCUCCGGGAUGCCCCCCUCCCACGCGCAUUCGAGCCUCAGACAGUUCCACCACGCCAUUCUCCGAACCUGUUUCUGUCCCCUGGGAUCUUGAUAUCCCCACUCACUAUUUACCAAGGCUUCUAAACGGAUUCUGCCCUCGAGACCAGCAGGAUAUUUACUUUAUCUAUGCAGCCGGUCCAGACAGUACCGGACACGCUACAGUUUACUUUUACCGUAAACGACGUGAAAACGUGCGCGUUGAAGUCGAAAUGAUAUGGGAUGACAGUAUAGCCAAUUUUUUGAAAGCUGGGGUUACUAGUAUCACUUGGGAGGGGGAUGCAAUCGCCUCACCCCAUGCAGCCGAGGAUUAUGCAAAAUUCCUGUUCCUAGAGGCUUCAAAUUGGGUUCUUGGCAUCAAGCUGGAAACCGAAAUUCAGGAGCCAUUGUGGUGGAAAAGUUUGCCCCUAGACGCUCUAAAGACGGUGAACCAGCCAACGUAUUCUGCGGUGCAUUUUUCUGAAGAGAGUCUCGCACUGUUAAAGCCAGGAACCAUAAUAACCACUUAG